AUGCCUCGAAUCAAGGAGUAUCAGCUUCACCCUACGGGCUGGGAAAAUGAUCCAGAGAGGGAGGAAAUCAAGCUUUGCACUCUGGAUUACCUAACGACUAUGACCUACUUGAACCAUGCUUUGUUCUUCGAGGUGAAGGAAGAGGAGAAGGCAAAGGUCGAAGUUAUCCUCAAGGAAGGCCUAGAGAGGACUCUCAGCCAGACCCGGCAGAUGAAUGGCCAUGUUGAGCCCAACAAUGUCGGGGGGUAUUCUAUCAUCAAACGAAAAGAUGACACGGUCAAGUUUGCCGUUCAGUACCUCGACUCCCCAGAGGACAAUUUCCCCUCUUACUCAACGAUAGCAAAAGCCCACUUCGCUACUGCUGUGCUUGGCGAUGUCAAAGUCCUAUGCAAUGCCUCCCAUGUAUUUGGUAGAACACCCGAAGCGCGCGCUGCUAAUAGACCUGCCUUGGGAUCCUUCAAGGCCACCUACAUUCCUGGCGGUCUCAUUUUCGUCAUCCAUCACCAUCAUUUUACCAAUGGAAUUGAUGGUUUGAACUCACUUAUGCUCCAGCUGGCGGAGAACUGCUAUGCUAUCCUGAACAAGACAAAGUUCCCUUCAUGGGACCCACGGUGCAUGGAUCGCACCUGUUAUGGUCUCCCUCUGGGAUUCGAGAGACCCUCAUCUAACUCGUCCUCUUCGACCUAUAAGCAUGGGGCCCCAGCUGAGGCACCGUCUUUGCCACACGCCCAAUCGCGAAACCGGCCCGUUCAUUCGCUAAUCUUCCACCUCCCCAAGAGCAAGGGGGCGGAGCUGAAGAAAGCUGCUUCGCCAAAUGAUGGGACCUGGAUCUCUAGUUUUAAUGCCCUUUGCGCUCUUACGUGGCGCGUUUUUUCCAGGAUCCGCCAACAUUUGUAUAAGGCGGAUCCAGAUAUGAAGCCUUUGUUUGGGGCGGGGGUGAGCAUACAGAAGUAUUUCAAAGAUACGGGGAUGCCCGAGCGCCUGCAGAUGAACAUGCAAUUUGACAUCACCUCCGCCAGUUCCCACCUCCCACAGCUUACCCUCGCCGAGGUCAUCUCGGAGGUACCGCUCUCGAUGCUGGCCAGUUACGUGCGCCAGCUGACAGAAAGCGUGAGUCUCGAAAUGCUGACCGACAAGCUGGAGAAGCUAUCUCAUGUGCCGAUCGAGGAUCUGUCCAUCAGUGUCCACUCCUUCCCUCUAAUGGCCUUUUAUAUUACCGACUGGAGGCCUGCAAACCUUUCUGCCAUGGACUUUGGAUUUGGUGGGCCUGCUGCGCAUCGGCACCUGUUCACUGAGGUGCAACGGGGCCAAUCAAUCCUCUACCCACCACAAAGGGGUCCGGGGGGCGCCGGGGAUGACGAGGGGGUCGAACUGCAGAUUACGUUCGAGGCAGAGUUGGUGAAACAGUUGCUCGAGGAUCCGGAGUGGAGCAAGUACAUGGAGUUCAGGGGCGUUGACGUAUGGGGUAACGAACGCCAAAAGGUCGGUAGAGCGAUGCUGUGA